UUCUGCGCAGCGCUGUGGGGACUCCUGCUGCGGUGCCCAAGCUCUCCAACGCUCAGAUCUCCGAACAUUACUCCACCUGCAUCAAACUUUCUUCUGAGAAUAAAAUCACCACCAAAAAUGCCUUCGGCCUGCAUCUGAUCGAUUACAUGGCUGAUAUUCUGAAGCAGAAGGAUUCGGAGAUCACUAACUUCAAGGUGGCGGCCGGUACGUUGGAUGCCAGCACAAAGAUCUACGCUGUGAGAGUGGAUGCUGUUCAUGCUGAUGCCUACAGGGUGUUGGGUGGCCUCGGAGCUGAGACAAAACCUGGAGAGGACCAGCGUCUGAAAGACGAGGGCGGGGAUGACGACGAAGCAGCCGCAGGCGACAUGACGGCCAAGCAGCCAAAGAAGAAGAGGCCUCCCAAAAAAACGGUGGAGCAGAACCUGAGCAACAUCAACAGUGCAGAGUCUGAGAGGCGGUGCGAGGUGGACCCCAUGUUUCAGCGCAUGGCCUCAUCCUUUGAUGAGAGCAGCACAGCAGGAGUCUUCCUGUCUGUCCUGUUCAGUGAGAACAGUCACUGCGAGCUGCUGUUUCCUUCACACCUGACCCUCCUGCAGUCCAGACCCUCCUACUCUCCACCGAGUCCACAGAGAGUCUCUACUUCUCCGUUUAAGGCCGGACUUCAGCGCUCCCAGCAGAAAAGCUGCAUCUGUCCCUCACUGCAAGACUUCUCAUUCACAAGCUGGAACCCAGAGCAGACCAUGAAUCAGCUCCUGGAGAAGAUGAAGCAGGGCGAGCACGUGUUCGACGUGAACGCCGAGCCAGAGCCAGAGGAAGACGACUGCCCCGACUUUGAUGCCGAUUAUGAGGAGGGAUUAGCUGACUGUGAGGAAGGAUCCAAGGAGCACAGGGAGGGCUGCGAAUCGUCCGGUUCAGGCAAAGGAAGCAGCGACGUGAUUCCCAUCGGAGAAGCAGACAUCGCCACCAUGUGUCUGCAGCUUUCCUCUCAGCCCAGGGAAUAUUCCUACUUCAGCCCCAGAACCAUGGCCACCUGGGCCGGGCCCGGAUACUGGCAGUUCAAACCCAAACACAAACUGGAUCAUGUUCCUGACAAAGAGACGCGAAAAAGGAAGCCGAAGAAGACGUUCGAGAUCGACUUCAACGACGACGUCAACUUUGACACCUACUUCCGCACCACCAGGGCGGCGACCACCAACAGCAAGUCGGCCCUCAGUGCCAGUAACAAGAAGACAACCCUCCCUGCAGAUUUCAGCUUUGCCCCAGAGACGCUUUCCCAGCUUAGCCUCAAACCCUGCAGCUCGCUGAGUCAAGCGGCCCAGAAGAGGCUGUCUGGAGAGCUUGGAGAGAACAUUGGGGAUUACGACUACAACAACGCCAACGACACGGCUAACUUCUGCCCAGGUCUUCAGGGCGGGGACAGUGACGAGGAUGUUGAGGGAUUUGGCGGUUCAGAAGACUCUCCGCCUUCGGGUGACGGUCUACUUCCACCUUCGCAAGAUCUUGGAGAUGUGACCACAUACGGGGAGGGGGAUCUGGUACCAGAGCCACACAGGGUGAACAAAAUAGAAAUCAACUACGCCAAGACGGCGAAGAAAAUGGACAUGAAGAGGCUGAAGAGCAGCAUGUGGACGCUUUUAACAGAGAGCCCAGAAAAACCAAAACAGCAGGAGGAGGAGACUGCAGAGGCUCCAGUGUGUGGAGAGAAAGCCUUCAGUCAGACCACAAAGACUCUGCUUCAAAGGUUACCAAGCACUAUGGCUCAGAACCUGUCGGUGCCGCUGGCGUUUGUCGCUCUGCUUCAUCUUGCUAAUGAAAAGAAUCUGGAGCUGGUGAAGGUUGACGACAUGUCGGACAUCAUCAUCAGACAAGGCCAAUGAGGCGAAACGAACCAUCGGGAAACAACGGCAUAAAGAUCCACACCUGGUGUCCAUCUGCACCUUCCUUUUCUCUUUAUUGUACUUUAGUGCAACUUUUCCACUGUUUUUACUUUAACUUUUUAUUUGUUUUGUUCAUGUGUAUUCAUCGUUCAUUUUUUUUUUCUCAGCGCUUUUAUCUGCUGUUUUUAAAUUGUUUCUAUGUAAUGAAAGGAAUUUGCUGUUGUUCCUUCAUAAAGGAAAAACUCUGUAGAUAAUUAUCAUCGAUAUUCAUCCAUUGUCAAAAUAAAGGAGUUUUCUAU